CCGGCCACCCUUGUGUGUGUGUGUCUAGAGUUCGUCCUUGGUGCUGGUCUUCUUGGCCUUCUUGCCCUUCUUCUCCUCGUGGAUCCGCUUCAACUCAUCGUAGCUAUCCAACUGCACACACACACACACGCACACACACGUGAUGUGUGUGUGCGUGUUGGAUGGAUGGAUGGAUAGAUGGGAACAUACCAGUGCGCCGAGCUCUUCGAUCUUUUCUGUGGUGUCCUGCAUCCACUCGCGCCAGCCAGCAGUGUCAACAAAUGGCAGCUGCGCACACAACACACACACACACACACAUGCGUCCGUCCGUUCACCAAAGCCACACCAGCCCCCCCACCCACCUGUGGCUCCUUUGUAGCAGCGGCUUUGGUCUCGGUGAUUUCGACGGGCUUUGACGCGUUCUUCUUGAUGAACUUGAUGAUGCCCUUCUUGGUGCGGUCGCCCUCGUACGGGAUGGGCUUCUUCUCGCCCGCCUUGACGUAGAAGAUGGUAGGGAAGCCCUCGUACUGGAAGUCGGAGUGCGCCACCUCGUUGGCCGUCCCGUCCACUGUCACAAUCACACACGAUCGUGUUGGUGUGUACCGGUAAGCGGUGUAGCUUCCGUACGUUUGGCGAGCAUGAUGUGUUCGUUCUUGGCGAGCAUCUCUGCGACAGCGUUAUACUGGGGCUCCAACUUCUGCACACACACACACACACACACACGUGGGAGGGAGAAGGAGGCAUGAAGGGGUGAGAGAGCGUGUGUGUGUGUGUGAUGCUUGCCUUGCAGUGUCCACACCAGGGCGCGUACACCUCCAGCAUCACAUCCUUGUCGGCGUGGAACACCUAAGCAACGAACCAACGAAACCAACCAAGGAAGAGACGUAUCCGGUGUGUUUGGUAUGUCCUGCUCGAUCGGCCAUUGGACGGACAGACGGACCAUUUCAUCAAAGUUCUUGCCGACGACCACCUUGACGGGCUCAUCGUUGGUCUCGGGGAUGGGCUGCGACUUGAGGAAGGGCUCCACCUUGCCGGCGCGGACGUCCUCGAUGAACUGCUUGAUGGCGCUCUUCUCUAUCGCCGGGCCCGUCCAACGAUACCUGCGCACACACACACACGACAGAGAGGCUCAGAAUCCCGCUUGCGUGUGUGGCGCCCCCUCUCUCUCUCUCUCUCUCUUUGGUUGUGUUGGGUGUGUACUUCUUGUCCUCCUUUGUAGUGAUAACCAUGGCGGGGUAGUCGUCGUCACUGAUGCCGAGGAAACUCUCGACUGCAACGGAGAGGGAGGACAUAACAAGACCAUGCUCUCUCGCACCGAGCUAGGCCCGCCGGCCGGCCUACAGGGUUUGCUUUGCUCACCGUGUUCGCCGAACUGUUGGGUGUCUAGCCAGACGAAGCUGUACUGGGGAUACUCCUUGGCCAUUGCGCGGAAGAUAGGCGUCACCGCCGUCACGUUAGCCUGGUUGCUCUUCUCCAUCUUGACACACACCCACGCUAUGCCUGCAGGCAUCACACACCACACCACACACCGGACACAUAUACGAGUUGUCUGUGUAGAUGUGCGGGUCUGUGUGUGUGUGUGUGACCGACCCUCUCUCUUUCGCUCGUCGUAUGACUGGAAGUUCUCAGCGUUGAUCUCGCCGAAGAGGUGGAAGCGCUCCUCCUCAACCCAGGCGCCGAGUUCCUCUGCAUCGGCGGCCCCGCUGUACACAAUCGGGGCGUCCUCGCCCUUGCGGUGGAUCACGAUCUGACGGAUAAAUGAAUGGACUCACACCAGGCGCGUGGACGGUGUGUCGGGCCCUGGGAAUGUGUGUGUGUGUGUGUGAUGGGUGUGUGCCUGCCUUGUUCUGGUUGUCGUCGAUCUGGACGAACUUGGCUGCCAUCCUCAUGAGGUCUGCGACCUCCUCGAACACCUUGUAGAGGCUGUGGGACUUGUCGGUGAACUUAGCAGACACCACCACCUGCACACGCCGCCCAGACAAUACCCCCCCCAUUCAGGCCAACACACACAGAGAGACAAACACCCCUACUGACCGUUUCGGUGUCGAUCAUGGUCUUGAACUCGUCCUUAGUCAUGUUCGUGACGGCAGGUCCCGUCUGCUUCUCCAGCCACUCGACGAUGUCGCUGCUAGUGCGGCCACCGUCAUACUCCUACAGGAAGGACACCACGCAGACACACACAAGGAGUCAUGGGUGGGUGGCUGAGCACCUGCACGUGCAGGUACCUGUACCUGUGGUUUGCCCUUCUUGAAGAACUUGAUGGUGGGGAAGCCCUGCACGUCGAACUCCUGGGCCAGCUUCUCCUCUACUGUCGCGUCAACUGCACACACAAAGUCAGUCAUCACACCACAGAGAUGUCACUUUGAGCAUCCUGGAUCGCAUCACAUGCCGCUUCGCUUCAUGAGUACCCACCCUUUGCGAGUGGUAUCUUGCCCUUGAGUUCCUUGGCGGCUUUCUCGUACUCGGGUGCCAACUGCUUGCAGUGACCACACCUGCACACACAUGGAAGGAUGGACGACAUAUCAGACAACACCACACUCACGGCAGAUGCGGAUGGAUGUCGCCUGGCUCCCUAUAGUGCCGUGCGCAUUUGCGUCAACGCGGCACCUACACAUGCAGGCUAUCGCUGUUGGCACACGACACUCUAACCGAACAACCUCAUGAGGCGGGAGGCCACCCUACUACUCGCAGUCGCAUGUGCCGUGCGCACCUAUCUCCUUCCCUCCCUCUCUCCCUCCCUCCCUCCCUGUGUCCCUCCCUCCCUGCCCGCCUGAUGGGCUCACCAAGGAGCGUAGAACUCCACUGCACGCGCACACACACGCACGACAGCGCAGGCAAGUCGAGCGGUUGUCAGUGUCUGGCCUUGCAAAGCGUGUGGCGUGUCGGGUAUACGAACGUACCGAGGCUGAUGGGAUUCUCGUCUAUGAAGGGCUUGAAGGUAUCCUGCGUCAGCGAGACCACCGCCUCGUCAGCAGCAGCAGCCAAGAGGGCAAGCGAGGCCACCAGGCCACACACACCGACGCGAACCAGCAUCUGAACCACGUAGUCACUUGGAUCUGUGCGGAUCUCUCCUCCUCUCCACCAUAUGCGUGCGCUCUCUGCGCUCACCACGUUCGUUCUGACGAUAUCCCGGCGUGUGCAGAUCUUCCCUCGUCGUGUACUCUUUCCACCCGUGUGAUGGCUGUGCGUCCUUCUCCUCUUUCACCUCCCUGAUUUGCGAGCUCGGAUCUUUGGCCGGGAAGUCUGGCCAACAGCGAGGAUGGAUGUCAGGUGGGUUUCAUUGUUGUCGGCGUCACCCUUGCCCUCGUCAGUGCACUGGUGCUGGUCAGCUCCUGCAUCUACCUUGCACGGGCAGGGACGUCUGUUCGACGGCAAUCUCCGACAGAACUUGAAGGGAACAUGGGGGCAU